UGGACAAAAGUAAAACGUUUGACUGACAUGGAACAUCGAACUGGGCAUCUGAACAUGUGACUUCCUCUAAUAACAAACAGCAUUUAAAAGAAAUUAAUGAACAACUACAUUUGCAACUCCAUAAAAUAUAAAGAAAAGCAAUAAAACAUCCAUUCAAAGACAUAAAAGCAAUAACAGACAAACAGAAAAGCAGUUUCCUCUCGCUCGUGGACGUUUGUUUUGUCCACCGGAAGUCCGCUGUGUGGGUUCCGUCGACUUGAUGCCGGUCUGCGGUGACAACAGAAGCACCGAUUCCUGGAAGGACCCGCCAGCUGCGGCCUUUCCAGCCGGUAAACCGCCCCAAAUGAGAGCCGGCAGGAUUUAACGGAGCCUAAGGGAGCCGCGGGGCGUGAAGAAGGUAUUUGUAAACAUGCUCACUCGACCACUGACACUGAACAAGAGCGAUGACAGGGGGCGUGGUCUUGUCACCCUGACCCCACCCCCUUCCCUCCCAUUGGCCGAUGAUGACGAAGACACACAAAGAGCUCCUCCGUGGAGUUCCUCUUCCUCUCCUCCUCUACCUCUUUGUGUCCUCCCAUCCUCCUCUGAUCCUUCCCUAGCUCCUCCCUCCUUUCCCUUCUCUCCUCCACCAUAUACCCUUCCUUCUUUCUCAUCUACAAAUCUUUAUGCUCCUUCUCCUCCUGCGUCCCUUCUCUUUCCUCCUUCAGCUUCUGUCGUUCCUUCCCUUAUUUCCUCUGCUCUCUCCACUGGUCCUCCUCUUUCCUCUCCUCUUGUCCCUCCAUCCCUCAUAUCUCUGCCUCCUGCUGCUCCUUCUGUCUCCUCUUCUGCUUUUAAUUCACCGUCUCCUUGUGUGGUUCCUUCUUUUCUUCAUCCUUCUGGUUCUGGUUCUUCACCCUCCUGUAAAUCUCCUUCUUCUGUUGCUCCUGCUCCUUGUUCCCUUUCGUCUUCUCUCUCUUCAUUCCUCCAUCCUUCACCUCAAUCUCCUCUGGAUAUCUGUACUCCCCCUGGUUCUGUUUUUUCUUCUCCAGUGCUUCCUCCUUGUUCUUCAGUUCCUUCUCAUGUUUCUCCUCCCCCUGUCCUUUUUACCCAUCGUGCUUCGGCUAUUUGUUCUCCUCCUUCUUCCUCUCCUCCCGCUCACGUUUCUCCUCCUCCUGCUACUCCAGUUUCCUCUCUUCUUCCUCAUUCUUCUCCAGCAGUUUCUUUUUCUCCUCCUCCUGCUACUCAAGUUUCUGCUCUCUCUCCUCCUGUAGCGUCAUCUCCUCCUUCUCCUGUAGCUCAGUCUCUUCCUCCUUCUAUAGCUGGUCCUCUCUGCUGCCCUUGCUCCUCCCUCCUGCCCCGCCUCCUCUCAGCUCACCGGCAGGAAAUGCGGCGCCUCCUACGAGGCGCUCUGGCCACCAUUGGUCGUCGCCUGGACUCCUUAGAGAGAAGCAGCAGGAUGAAGAGGAGGAAGAAGAGUGGCAGGCAGGAAGCAGAAGAAGGAGGGGCUUCCUGUUCUCCUGGUUUUAAAGCAUUAAGCCCCGCCCCAUUGGGUAGCCCCGCCCACCACCCAACUGUUACCAGCUCCCCUUCAUCAUUUUCAUCAGUGAGCAGAGACUCACCAGAACCUCCUCUUCCAGCUAGUUUGAGCCAAUCAAAAGAGCGGAGAAGGAGCAGAGAAAACAGAGAAGACGAUGAAGACGCCCGGAGGUUUGUGGGGCGGAUGGCGUUCUCCUUCAGAGGAGGAGCAGAGGAGGAGGAGGCACUGCUCACUCUGCACAGAUUCAACCACAGAAAAUACCGAAGAAGACAAGUGGAAGGAGCCGGCCAAUCAGAGAAAUCCGUCAGUGUCGUCAGGCAGAAUGGAUACACAGCUACGAUACCCAGCUCCUCUUCCCAUCAAGCACUGCAACUCCUCCAGUUGGCCUGGAGUGAUGGGACCUGCAGCCAAUCAGAAGCCCCAUACAUCUCUCCAGGCCAAUGGCGUUUCUCGGACUUUGCCGCUCCACUCUCCCUCUUCUCCAAUCAUGGGGCCUUCAGCAUAUGUCACCUGUCUCCUUCCUCCUUUAACCCCGCCCCCAUGCUGCGACUAUCCGCGGUUGCCGUGGAGACAAUGUCCUCGGCUGUGAGGGGCGGGGCUAUUAGUCUCCCGCGGAGCCUGAAAGACUUCACGGUCCCGCCUAGUCUGAGCACAGACCACUGUUAUGGACGAACCCCUUCGCAAAGUCAAACGUUUUCUGCCCGGCGACAGCAGAAGCAACGAGCCAAUCACAGCGGCAGUAGCCUCCACCUCCCACAGCGACGACCCCUCCCCCUCUGUUCAGCCAAUGGGCUGUCUGCUGCUCCACUUGACGUUGGCCAAUCAGAAACGGGCUCUGAGUUACUUGGCACAAACAGAGAGCGAUGUAAACGAGUCUCACAGAUACGAAUCCGCCGGGCAUCGCCGCGGGAAACGCCGCUCACUCCGAUGGGACUACCAAAGGUCAAAAGGUCAAAGAAGAAAGAGUUCAGUCUUGAGGAGAUUUACACCAACAAGAACUACAAAUCCCCCACAACAAACAGGAGUCUGGAGACAAUCUUUGAGGAGCCACGGGAAAAAAAUGGUGCGCUGCUCCUGAUUGGCCAGCAGAGAAGACGCAGGCUCCUCCUCUUCCCUGACUUUACUUUACCCAGGAAGCGUAAGAGGCCGCAAGGGGCAGGCCUUCCUGUUGCCAUGGUGCCCCGGAAACGGGUGGCGGCACGACGACUUUGCCAUGGCAACGGCCCCGUUGACGACGACGCGGACCUGGACGUGAUGCUCGUGGAGCGACUGAGUGCACUGGAGGACUUCCUGACACGGCAGGGCCUGGAGGUGUGAGCUGUGACAUCACUUCCUCUCCGCUGACCAUUGGCCAAAUAAAACUGACCUGCUAGAACACUUGCUACAAAUCGGACGGGUGGAGCUUGUUUCUACUUCUUUUCAUUUUUUCUAAACUGUUUAAAUGUGAAUUCUCUGAAAUAUUUAAUUUCACUAUUUUUUUAAAUGAACACCUGUUGGGAGGCCACGCCCACAGGGGGCUUUGUGUUUAUUUUUACAUUUUUUGUCUUUGGUCAAAUAUAAAAAUAUUUCACACCUGUUCACACUUGUAGUACUUUGAAAUACUGUCCGAGUACUCCGUACGGCUGGUGUUAAUAUAAGUGUAAUGUAUAUAUAUUUCUGCUGAAAAUGUGUCUAUUUUUGGAACGGAUAAAAGUGUUUUUGCUCACUGAAUUGUGUCCUUUUAUUAGUGAUCAGUUAUUGAUCAGUAAUUAAUAGUUAACUAAUUGGUGAACAGUUUGUGAAAACAUUUGUUUAUCAACAAAUAUGAAUGUUGCCUUUACUUAAAAGUGUUCAGAAAUGUUGUUUGUGAAUUAUAGAAUAUUAUUUUAAAGUUUCCUGAAGAACUAAACGUUCAGACAAAGGCUGUGAAACGAGAAUAUAAUAAAAUACUGGUGAGCAACAACUUUUGAUCCAUAAGCUUUUAGACGUCAUUUAUAAUAAUGAAAAUGGUUCAAUAUGAUGACGAGCCACAAUCACACUGCGUCCCGGUACAUUUGAUUUAAUUGUAGAAUGUUUUUUUUACCCUGAAACUUGAAUCUGUUGGUCUGCUGCAGACAUCCUAUAAUAAAGCAUGAAGCGAUUAAAGUA